AUGCCUGAAACGGCAAGAAUCUGCAGGAUCCUCGCUAGGAACCCGGAUGCGGCUCUGGAAGCCAUCGCACUCCCUGAUGGGACGGUGAUGACUGGAGAGGAGCAGGGAGAGCUAUUUGCAUAUAAGGAGCCGGGCUCACUCAGAAGAGCCCGACAAGCGGACUGGCGAAUGGCGGCCAAGAUUGUCAUGCCCGAGAAGGUCAAGUGGGCAAUUAACACCUUUAAGCCCUACAAGGAGCAGGGAGAGCUAUUUGCAUAUAAGGAGCCGGGCUCACUCAGAAGAGCCCGACAAGCGGACUGGCGAAUGGCGGCCAAGAUUGUCAUGCCCGAGAAGGUCAAGUGGGCAAUUAACACCUUUAAGCCCUACAAGUCAGCGGGACCGGAUGGUGUCUUUCCGGCUCUUCUACAAGAGGGACUGGAACAGAUCGUGGGCCCACUGACCCGAACCUUAAGGGCCUUUAUCGCGAUGAGCUACACACCUAGCGCAUGGAAACUGGUCAGGGUAGUUUUCAUUCCGAAGGCGGGAAGAACGAGCUACACCAAGGCAAAGGAUUUCAGGCCAAUUAGCCUAACAUUGUUUCUCCUUAAAACAUUGGAGAAGCUGGUGGACGCGUAUCUGAGGGAGACAACUCUGUGGAGUCACCCUCUCCACAAGAAUCAGCACGCGUAUCGUUCGGGCUAUUCCACCGAGACUGCUCUACAUCAGACGGUAGCGUUUAUUGAGGAGCAGCUGGAAAGGAAGGGCUACGCGGUGGGUGCCUUCUUGGACAUAGAGGGCGCCUUUAACAACACACCGCACGAGGUAGUGUGUGAGGAAGCCGCCAGAAGGGGUGUCCCGAUAAAGCUCGUUGAGUGGAUCCGGGGCAUGCUAGGGAGGCGUGUGAUGACUUCGCUGGGAACUGCGAAAGUCUGUGGGUGGGUGGGAAGAGGCUGCCCGCAGGGCGGAGUACUUUCCCCACUUUUAUGGUGCCUGGUAGCAGACGGUUUAUUAAGGGCACUGGACGAUAGAGGCUUCACUGCACAAGGCUACACGGACACGUGGCAAUACUUGUGCGAGGCCCGUUCCUAA